UUUAAAUGCAUACAUAAUGCAUGUAUGUAUAAAUGUUGUUUACAUUAGUACUUUUCCUAUAAACAAUCAAAAGAUUUUGCAAUGGGAGAUUAUAAUUUGAACAUACAAAAUGAAGAAGGUAAAUCGGAAUCAUUAGAGGACAAAAAAAAUAAAUGGGUUAAAAGUAACAUAUUAAUACCAAAUGAAAAUGGUGAACUCUAUCCAACUAAUGCAUUUGGAAAGGUUAAUUUUAAAGGUGCAACUAGAAGAGCAACAGCUAAAUUUGCUAGAAUUGGUGCAAAUGAAUCUGGAAAGAAAAUUUUUGAACUCUUAACAAAUAUUAUGGAGUUAGAACAGCCUCGUUUGUUGAUAUCUAUCACUGGUGGAGCAAAAAGUUUUAGUUUAAGUCCAACACUAAAAAGUCAAUUAACUUCUGGACUUGUAAAGGUAUAACUUUUUUUAUGUUUUUGA